AGAUCCAUCUUGUAGGCAAGGCGGAACUAAGUGUAUCAACCGCAGUAUUCCACGGAACGCACGGAACGUAAACACCAGCGUGCCAAGGGUGGGAGCCAUGAUUGUGCUGCAGGUUCCAGCAGGACAUGAAGUCUCUGAAGUUCCGCUGGCUCUGUUUCCUUGUAAUCACCCUCGCUCUAGUGCUGUGGUACAGUUAUGUAACCAGAAGAGGAAACACAGUCAACAUCGGGCUCCGUGGUUAUGAGAGGAUCCUACCUUCUGUAACAUCAGGCUCUCAUCACAUGUCCCUUCACUGCGGCCAAUGUGCCGUGGUGUCCAGCUCGGGACACAUGCGUGGAAGUUGGCGAGGCAAUGAGGUUGAUGGGCACGAGUGUGUGAUCCGCAUGAAUGCAGCGCCUACUUGGGGAUUUGAGGCUGAUGUGGGAAACCGGACAAGCGUCCGCGUCGUCUCUCAUACCAGCGUUCCCCACCUGCUGCGGCGUGAGGACAUGUUCUUCAAGCACGAGGCAGAUACCCUGUACGUGGUCUGGGGCCCAGAGAGGAAUAUGAGACAGGAUGGAAAGGGCAGAGUUUUUAACACACUGGUCAAACUGGCAAAAAAGUACCCCCGUACGCAUAUCUAUGCAGUCAGCAGGGACAAGGUGCUCUACUGUGACCGUGUGUUUCAGGAAGAGACGGGCAAGAACAGAAUGAAGUCAGGUGCAUUUCUCAGUACCGGGUUUUUUACUAUGAUUCUGGCGAUGGAGGUGUGUGACAGCAUUGAUGUUUACGGGAUGAUCGAUGGUUCUUACUGCAGUGUUGCCAACCACGCCUCAGUGCCCUAUCACUACUACGAGUUGUAUCGCCUGGACGAGUGCGGGAUGUACAGAGUGCAUGAACGAGCCCGGAGAGGCGCCCAUCGCUUCAUUACAGAAAAGAACAUCUACAGGCACUGGGCCUCUCAGGGAAAACUGCAGUUUCCAUACCCAACCUGGUCACCUCGGCAACAAGACUCUCCCUGACAUCUCAAACCACCUGACACUCUUUGACUCUGAGUGGUUUCGCGGAUAUCAGUCCCUCGUCUUUGCUUGAUUCAGGAAAGAAGCUGGUAAGUUAGUCAGGAAAAGACGUAACAAGCCUUGCUUAUAUUUAAGUAUUAAUAACCAACAUCAUUGUCCAAAAGUUUUCAGACAAUAGCCAUUUCAUGCACUGUCCAUUCAAAUGGAAUCUUUUGCAGUAUUUCUUUAAGCUCUUAAUUUGCCUUUUGCAUUUUUUCUAUGUAUUUUUCCUUUUUUUUUUUUUUUUUUUGCUUUUGCACAUUUUAUUAUUCUUGAAAUGCUUUGCAUAGUUCAGUGCUGCUGCUCUUACUUUUUACUUACUUUUUUGCCAUAGUGAUUUUCUUUAUGCUAUAUACAUUAUACUUUCUAUUCACCUCGGGACAUGCCAAGUCCAGCUGCCUUUAUUUCUUUUUUGUAAUCUGUGACCUCCAAGGUCAAAACAACUGAACACAGCUAAGCUGAGUUCACACUGCCAUGCAACAUCACUAAGAUGCCUAAGAGAGGCAGUGAUUAAUCAAGAGAUGGUACAUGAUGUGAGGUCACAAGAGGGUUCAUAUUGUAACGUAAAGUUGGGGUGCAUUAUUUGAGGUCACAUGAGGUUAAAUUUGACAGUGUAUAGUUGAGUUACGUCACAUAAGUUCACAUAACACCUCAUUUGAUAAUGUGAAGUGGGGUUAAUGUACAUCUUAUUAGGUCACAGUAAGUUACUUUUGUAAACAUAAAGUUGGAUUAUAUCAUAUGUUACACGAAACUACAUUUCACAACCUAAGCUUUAGGGAGGGAACACUGUGUGAGUUUUUAAUUAAAAAUUAAAAGUAAUCGGAGGUUAUAUUGUAUUAGUUCAAGUGAGGUUAUAUUUGGCAGUGUAACAUAAAAUCGGGUUACAUUAUGUGUGAUCAAUUUAUGAGGCAUAUAUUUGGAAUUAUAAAAAAAGUAAUGGUUACACCAUUUGAGGUCAUGUGAGGGUACAUUUCAUAACAAAGUUAAGCCAUGUAACAUCAUGUGAUGUUACAUUUAAAAAAAAGCAAUGUAAAGUGGGGUUACACAAUGUGAGGUCAGAUUUGACUACAUUUGACAAUAUGAACAUUUGUUACAUCUGAGGCCACAUUAGGCUGUAUUUCAUUACCUGUAUUUGCAUUGGUUAUCAGAAGAUGCUUUGUAGGAUUAUGUGGUUGUUUUGUGGUUAUAUGAGACUGUGAGAGGUUAUGUGAGAUUACUUAAAACACUUGAUAAACCUGGUCUUCAGAUUUUCUUUAUCAGAUCUGUUCGGGGUGUAAAACAUUUGCUGUGAAUGAGCUUAAACAGCUUUUAAAAUCAUGUUAUAGGUAUGAAACACAGAACUAACUGUGUGUUUGCCAGCUGUGAGAUUUAGAACAGUUGCAAGCUAUUAACAGAGUUUGCUUUGUUAGCUAAUUAUUACCAGAACUGGAGUAAGGUUUGUUUGUUAGUUAGCUAACAACAGAGUUAACUUUGCUGUCCAGCUAUGAGUUGUGAUGCUGUGUUCCAUUUGAAUGUGGAUGUCAGAAUUUGAGCCAUGUGGGAAAUUUUAGAUGUCGGGAGAGCCUCACAAACCCUGAAUUCAGAAUCCAAGAUGGCUCCACCACAGUAGUACACAACAGUAUUUGCUAAAUAUGAAAAGAGUUAGCUUAAUUUCAAGUCUUUGUAAAACUGUGUGGAAAUUCUGACAGUUCUUCGCAAAUGUUUGCAAAUGUAAUGACCCUUUGAAUUUGAUUAAAAAAGAUGCGCUAAACAUGUUUGACAUUUCAAAUUCCAAUUUGCAUAUCUAUGUUUACUUCUCUUGCUUUCAACCAAAGUUCUGUCAGAAUAGCACUUAGCAUUAUCCUCACAGAGCAGCUUAUAUGAUCAGUAAGAAGUCUCUGUUUACUCUUUUGUUCAGACUGACUGUAUUAAAAACAAUUAUGUUCAAUAGUUCAGGGCUUUCAAAUUCUUUUUUUUUUUUUUUUUGAAAAUGUGUUUAAAGCACUGAUUAUUUUAAUUUCAUUAUUAAUAUUACUAUUUUCAAAUGUGUAAAUGAAUAACUGCUGUAUUGCACUGUACAUUUUAAAAGGACAUCUUUGUAGGGGAUUUACAAAAACUACUCUGUGUAAUGUAUGCUAAUCUCUGGUACAGAAUGUCAGCUAAACUGCGGUGCUUUCAAAUUUCUGUGUAUAUUUAUAUACAAUACUGUGCAAAAGUCAGUGACCACCCUUAAGUUUUCACAAAAACUUUUUUUGACAGGAUAUUAACUAAAUGAAUGGUGGUCUCUGACUUUCUUAAAUGUGCUUUUUUGACUUUAUAAGUUUCAUACUACACAGGGACUACUGUUUUUGCUUCAGUUCAUAGGAAUACUCUUUAUUUUUUAAGUUAUCUGUCAUUCUUCACAAAACACUUCAGCCAAUGGCAAACAAAUUGCUAUCCAUUAGAUCUAAUUAGUAGCUAUACAAUGGACAAGUAAUGUGCAAAAAUAUAUUAUUAACUCCCUGGACCUCUUAAAUUAUUGUAUAGCUAUAUUUGACAUUGUGCCUGGAGACCAUUAGGCUUAUGAUUUUUUUGUUGUUUUUUUUGUUGUUUUUUUUGCAACCAAAAUUUUUGCUCUGGUAUUACAGCUAUGCACUGGUCUGUCACAGGGUGGUGCUGAAAGAUUGGCUCACCCAGCUCAAUCUUUGCUAAGCCCCACCUCUAACAAUCAAUUGUCCCAUCUUAGCUUAGAUGCUGCAACAAGGAACAAGCCUCUGUAACAAGGUUUUAGAACUUUUGUGUUUUGAUUCUUUGAAAAAAAAAAUAUAUAUAUAUAUGUUGAGAUUUUCAACUGAUUUUCUGUUUUUUUUUACUAAGUAAAGGGAAAUGUGUCAUAUUUUCAGUGUUAAUCAGAAAUACAAUCAAGUUGCAGCAGAUAGAGAUUAUAUAAAAAUCAAAUUUAUUAUAAAAUUAAUAUUAAAUCAGUGGUUGCAGCUCUGCAUGUUGCCCAGUCCAGUAUUAUUUGAAGAUGCUAAGGUUUGCUAAAAGUCAUGACCUGCUGUAGUGCCUCAGUAUUGUUUAUUUAAGUGCUUUAAGUGCUAAAGUAGUAUUUUGUCAAAGUUUUAUUAAUAUUGACCAUUCUCAAAGGGUUUUUUGUGAUUUAAAUGCAUGUACACUUUAUGUUCUCUGUAAUUUCUCUCUGUAAUUUUGUGAUUAUCAAUGCAUCAGCAUAUCUACUUUUGCCAUUCCCUAAGAUAGAACACCUGUGAUCUUACCACUCUUUCUAAUGAUUUUAAGCCAUAAACUGCAGUAAACUGUGAAUAUGUA